UCAUUGUCUAUAUAAUGAAUAGUGAUCCCGUAGAAACUCCUACCAGCAAUGGACGUCCAUCCAUCAAUGGUAACUGACAUUUUACAUGAAUAUUGUUGUAGUCGAUUUUUAACAUUCGAUUGUAAUUAUUUGAGAAAUAAAGUAUCUUUGAACUGAAAGUGUAAAGAUUUGAUAACUUACCCAUUUUUUAACUUCUUUGUAGGAUUUCACAAACAAAACACAUUGAAAUGGUAAACGUAUGUCGACAGCGCAAGAGAGCCGAAACUGAAUAUUUUUAAAUGGUGUUUACAUGAAUAAGUAUAGUUUUAGUAGACUGGCAAUCAUAUCAGUGAAUAGGUUGUUUCUUUCUCAUUCAUUUGAUAUACGACACAAACCAUUCUGAUAUUAUUUGUUUAAAUUAUCAGGUCUAAACAAGAACAACAUAGUUUUGUCGUACCGGUCCGGUACCGACAACCGGCGUUGACGGAGCCAUUUUUUUGUCGCACCGGUACGACAGCCGGAACUAAGAGGUUUAGGCCGGGUUCCCACUACGCCGGACCGGCAGAUCUGCCGAAAACCGGACACCGGACAGAGUGUUCACAUUACAUCGGAUCCCGGAAGAAAUUCAGACAGUCCUCAGUUGAAUUUGGACCUGCGCGCACAAUGGACGACGAAAUUGUUGUGUUGUGGUGGUAUCUUAAUAGAAGGCAAAAUAAAAGAAAACAUUGGGUACACCCUAUUUUACGGGAAAGAUUUUCACUUGGAACAUUUGAAACAUUAAUGGGUGAACUUAGAAGAGACGAAUCAAAGUUCUUCAAUUAUUUUCGAAUGACAGCAACCACUUUUGACGAUUUACUGGGACGACUAGACAUAAGAGUACGAGAUACAAGUUUCAGAGAAUGUAUUUGCCCAGAACAAAGAUUAGCCAUAUGUCUAAGAUAUUUAGCUUCAGGAUGUUCAUUCAAAGAAAUACAUUACUCAUACAGAGUAGGCGUUUCGACAAUAAGUAAACUAAUAAAAGAAAUGACCCACGUCAUUUGGGAAAACCUAAAGACAGAUUUCCUUAAGCUGCCUGAUACUGAGAGAGAAUGGGAGGACAUCGCUUCAGGAUUCGAAAGAAAAGCCAACUUUCCUCACUGUCUUGGAGCAGUAGAUGGCAAACAUAUCAGAAUUUUGAAACCAGCCAAGAGUGGUUCUAUGUUCUUUAAUUACAAGGAGUAUUAUUCUUUUGUAUUAAUGGCAGUUGUCGAUUCAGAGUACCGAUUUAUUUUUAUUAGUGUGGGCUCAUUUGGCAAGGAAUGCGAUUCUAGUAUAUUAAAGGAUAGUACAUUUUGGCAAAAGAUCAAUGAUGGUACUUUAAAUGUACCAAAGCCUAGACCGCUUCAUGAAAACUUGCACGAAGAAUUACCGUUUAUACUUGUUGGCGAUGAAGGCUUUGCUUUAACACCUAAUCUCCUACGUCCAUAUGGAGGUACACAUUUGAAUACUGAUAAAAAGAUUUUUAACUAUAGACUAAGUCGAGCAAGAAGGUAUGUUGAGUGCGCUUUUGGUAUUCUGGCAAAUAAGUGGCGAAUAAUCCAUCGAGCUAUAGAUCUCAACGUAGACACAGCAAUUCAAGUAAUUAAAGCUUGUGCAGUCUUACAUAAUUUUGUAAGAGAAAAAGAUGGUAUAAAUUUUGAAAGUUACCAAAAUAUAGAACAUAGACAAGAACAAGAAACUACACCCAUGAAUCGAAAUGUGUCGAGUCGAGGUGGCCCUAAUGCCAACGCUAUACGGACAUCAUUUACUAAUUAUUUUGUUUCAGAUAUUGGUUCCGUUCCGUGGCAGGCAGCAGCUAUAAAAUAAAAUUUAUCAAUGCAUUUACAUUUUAUCAAUAAAACAUUAAAAACUCA